AUGUUCAAACAAGCCGGGGGCCGCGCACCCGGCCGCGGCUACGACGCUGAGGGCCACAUUAUAUUUUGGGAAGUUCCAUUGAAGAGAAUUAAUCGCCUUUUGGAGGCCCGCCUGCCCCUCUUCUCCGGAGAAUUCCCCGUCACCCCCAUGCUCUGUUGUUUGGAGGACAUAGCAGCAGACCCGCAGCGGAGCAGCGGGGAGAAGGAACGUUUGCUGCUGCAGCUGCUGUGCAUUUGCUGCGACCCGAGCAGCAGCAGCAAAGUGCAGUCGAAUUUCGUGCUGCAGCAGCUGCUGCUGCAGCGGCGCGCAGCAGCGCGGCAUCGCGCGCGAGCUGCUGCUGCUGCUGCAGGCCGGGAAGCAGCAGCAGCAGAACUUGCUGCAGCAAACCUGCAGCAGCAAGCAGCAGAAUCUAUCAGACCCUUCAGCCCGAAGCUGCCAAGAGAUGCUCAAAUAGCUGUUGAGGCUUUUUAUCAAAUGGCGCUGCGGAGUACAUACAGCUGUUUGGCUGCAGCAGCAAAUGCACUUCGGGGGCAAAAGGGCUGGACAGCAAAAGAUGUUUCUUUGCCAUUUACGGGUUUGUACUUCGGAGCUAAUCCUGAAGACCAGCAGCAGCAGCAGCAGCAGCAGCAGCAGCAGCAGCAGCAGGGAGGGAGCAAGACGCUGCUGGAGGAGUACAAAGAGACGGUGCACGGGUUCAGCCUGCAGUCGCCGUUUGGGGCUUUGGGUUGCAUGCGGGAUGAAGAAGUUGGAGUGUCUUUGGAGGUUUUGGAAGACAACAUUGAAGUGUCUUUGCCAUUUCCAAAAGAAACCUUAGCAGCAGCAAGAGCUGCUGCUGCGCUGCUGCGGCUGCCGCGCUUCACGCCGCCCGCAAGCAGCAGCAGCAGCAGCAGCAGCAGCAGCAGCAGCAGCAGCAGCAGCAGCAGCAGCAGGCGCACCACGGAGCUGCUUGCUGCCAACAGCUACCUCAGCGAUCUUUAUGUUCAUGGAAAACUCGCCAGAGUUGUCAACGAAAAUGGAGUUCCUCCGGAGCAGCUGUGGCUGCUGCUGCAGCACUUCGUGUUGUCUUUGAGCCGGCUGAGCAAGGGGCUGCUGCUGCUGCAGCAGCAGCAGCAGCAGCAGCAGGGCGGCUGCAGCACCAAAGUCGAGCUGCUGCUGCCCUUCGUCGAGCAAAUCUGCGCCCGAAUGAAAUCUGUCCUCAAGGAAGAGUCUGCUUAG